AUGGUGUUCAUAAAUUUCCGAGGAGUGGAAUUACGCCAUGCCUUUAUUAGCCACCUUGUUGCCGCCUUUGAACAACACAGAAUAAAUUUCUUCAUAGACAAAGAUGAACAAAAGGGAAGAGACCUAAAACACCUCUUCAAAAGGAUCAAAGAAUCGCAUAUUGCGCUAGCAAUCUUUUCGAGGAGAUAUGCACAGUCUAAAUGGUGCUUAAACGAGCUGGUGAAGAUAAAGAAACUCGCAGACAAUAAAAAACUCAAAGUGGUUCCAAUUUUCUAUAAGGUGAAGGUAGGCGAUGUGAGACACCAGAAGGGAGAAUUUGGUCGCAACUUUUGGAAGUUGGCAAAGGCUUCAACUGGCGAGGAGAUCAAGAAAUGGAAGGAAGCAUUGGAAUUCGUUUCAUCAAAGAUGGGUUUACCUUUAGGAAACAAGAGGUACUCUUCAUGA